AUUCACAACAUUCAAGUAAGCCAUGAAUUUUAGAAAAUGUACAGUUUUUCAAACUAUUGCAUUAGUUUUAAUAUUCAGCUUCAUGUUCUUAAAUGUUCAAAGAUAUAUAACAGAACUUUUAAGCAAAAAGGAAAUUCAAAAAGUUUACACAAAGAAUGCUAAAAGAAAUACAACAAAUGAUCUAGGUGUUAAUGAAAUUCUAGAAUUUUACACAAGGGAUUCUUCCAUUACGGAGAUCGAAUCCCGUGUGCAGAAAGAAAGAAAUGAGAUUGAAAAACAAUUGUCUGGCAUGGUUAAAAAAAGAAUGGCGGAUAUAAUCCUCGUAGGAAUGUUUAAAGCGGGUACAACUACAAUGAGUCUAUGGCUUACGACUCAUCCACAGAUUAUUCAACUUAGAAUAGCUGGUUAUUAUGGCCCUAAUAAGAAUUAUGCAUUGGGGCAUGUAGCUCAUGUGGCUCAGAUACCCAACGUCUCAAAAGACAAGAUUAUAUAUGAACGAUGCACAGUUUGCUUUACUAGCCAAGCUGCCAGGGAGAGGAUUUUGGCUGCAUACCCACAGAGGGAUGUGAAACUUUUAAUCAUGGUUCGUGAUCCUAUAGAGCGACUUAUAUCUGGAUAUGUGCAGAAUGUUUACCAAAAUUAUAAAGUGGAAAUAAAAGAAUCUUUUGAAGAGUAUAUAUUCUACCCCAAUGGGACCAUACGAACAGAUACAGAAUAUUUUCAAAAAAGUUUUUAUGUUCGUCAUCUUGCAAAAUGGCUGCUGUUAUUUCCAAGAGGAAACAUACAUUUAGUUGAUGCUGAUACCUUUACGAAGAAGCCAUGGGUAGAACUUGAAAAAAUUGAACAACUACUUAAAAUCAAUCAUUUAUUCUCAGAGGAUCGCUUUCCAGCCAAUCCUGAAAACCCUUUAUUUCGUUGCCUCGCUAAAGAAUAUACAAAAGGGAUGUACUGUAUGGGACAUGCAAAGGGAAGAACGCAUCCUGAUGUUUCUACAGAAACAAUGCAGAAAUUGAAGAGAUAUUUCAAGCCAUAUAAUGAACAAUUUUUUACCUUAGCAGGACAGAGGUUUUCAUGGAGUUCAAACUAUAACUAACACAGUACACAAUGAGACAGAUGAUAAAAUAAUUUGAAAUCUGGAUUUUUAUAAAUACGCUAUAUUUACUUCUACGUGUGGGCAAGCCAUAACAUAAGUGUCCCUUUAACACAUUUCACACUUCUUAUUGAUUUGAAUUCAAAAACAAUGCAAAUUACCAAUCAAUCAUUCUAGUCCAUCCGCAAGCUGUAAAUAUCAAGGUUGAAUUUAUCAUGACCAUCAUGAUCAUUGUCUAAGUUCACCUGAUAGAGGAUUUACUAUGCUGUAAGUAGACAUACCUGCUUCGUGCCAUGAUUUGCCUUCAUCCUGUUGGCAGUAUACUGCAGAAGCCAGUCUCCAUUCCUGAUGUUCUCACAAAGUGGAUGUCCAAGAUCAUUGUUUGCAUGGAUCUUAGUCAACAAAGACAUAACCCCUGGAUAAGGCAAAAGUUGACAUAUAGGACAGGUAUCUAGAUAUCUGUGCUCUGACAACAAGUUAAAUGAAUGAAAAUAUGCAAUAUUGCAUGUAAUUAUAAAUCUAACAUGUGAACAGUUGAAAAAAAUUUCGAAACCAGACAAAAUUGCCUUUUGCAUGCUGCUAAUUGUUAAAUCUUUUAGAUUUUCUAUUAAAGUUGUUCAUAUAGGUAUCAAUUUUCAAUAUUUUGAUAAAUCUAUGAAGCAAAAUAAAUAUUUCCAAAAAAUU